CUGUCCAAGUAGACUGAGGUCUGACACCGCCAAUCCCACCAGCACAAACGGUUCAGGGAAAGAGACGACAACAUGGCCGAAGCAGAGAGCAGCGAGUUAACUUCUGGUGGAAUUUUUCGGGAGAUCUUUACUUCCCCGCUGAAUCUGACCCUCCUCAGCCUCUGCUUGUUCCUUUUGUACAAAAUCUUCCGUGGGGACAAACCGUCGGAGCUCAGCGAGGCGGAGAAACCGCUGCCCAAACUGAAGAAGAGAGAUUUUACGCUGGCGGAGCUGAAGCCCUAUGACGGAGUGCAGAACCCCCGGAUCCUCAUGGCCAUCAACGGAAAAGUGUUCGACGUGACCAGAGGGAAGAAGUUUUACGGACCAGAGGGAGCGUACGGAGUAUUUGCAGGCAGGGAUGCAUCCAGAGGUCUGGCAACCUUCUGCCUGGAUAAGGAGGCCCUGAAAGAUGAACACGACGACCUGUCGGACCUGAACUCCAUGCAGCAGGAGAGCCUUUCUGAGUGGGAGUCUCAGUUCACCAUGAAGUACGACUACGUCGGCAAGCUUCUGAAGCCGGGAGAGGAGCCGACAGAGUACACCGACGAUGAGGAAGGAAAAGACAAAAAGGCGGACUAAAACGUGAAACAGCGUGACCACAAGGGGCUAAAGAUGCCUUAAUGUAUAUUGGUAAUUUAACAACCCUCCACCUCUUGUUCGUCUCCUACUACGUUUGGACCAAUCUCAGCUGGUAUACACUGACUGAAUUCAGUUCAUCUUUAUUAAUCUCAUCUGAAGGCAUUAAUGGUUAGAAAUGCAGUGUUCUAAUGUAGAGUUGUCUAAUUGUUGUUAGUGUAAUUUCUCAGACACUGAUCCCAGCGUUUGCUCGAGCUCCUGGCGGUUAUGUGCGCCGAAGAAGGUGAUCGCCCCAUCUGACUGGUUCUCAGAUUACCUGCAGUUUUACAGAAGGAUCUCAGGAAGCAAUUUUUAGUUAAAAAAUUCAGAAAAAUAUACUCGAGGUCUGAAGCCGGAUGGCCGAUCGCAGAGAAUUCUGGUAUUUCUGAGUCUUAUUCUCAUCGUGGUGUGAUUUAUUUUUUUUGUGUGUGCGCGUUUUCUAAAUAAGAUUCCAUUGUACAGCACACUUGCACAGAUUUGAUCUCUUUUUUUAAACAGCUGUCUGUUUUAGGCUAACAAGCAGUCAGUUUUUUACUGAUGCAUAACAAAUAUGUUGUUUUUUUGAGCUAUCAAAUCACAUCUGAAAUUUACUUUGGUUUUAAUGUCAGUGCGCAUCAUUCCCCAUCUUCAGCCUCUUUGUCUCUUUGUGUUCAUGCCCCCCCACCACCACCAUCAUUCCUGCUACUUGGGGAAAGCUACUCGUUUUAGCUUAAAGGAGUCGUAUUAUGUUCAUUUCCAGCUUCAUAUUUUCGUUCUUGGUUUCUACUAAAGUGCUUUUGCACCGUUCUUAAUUCAAAGUGAGCCCUGUUUGAAACAAGCUGUUUUGGCUCCUCCCCCCUUUUUUCCUGAUUGGCUGCCCCUCAAACAGCAGGUAGGCAUGGUUUUUGUGCUUACUUUCAGAGACGACCAUAUUGGGGACUUCCCCUCUCUAUGACAUCACAUGGAGCCAAAAUGAAACUGAGCAGUCUAAAGUCCCAGCUUUUGGCUCACAUGUUUUAAUAUGAACGUCCGUCAUCGUAAGCAUACAUUAAUCACAGAAAUUGAAAAGAAUAGUAGGGCCUCCUGCAGACAGGGCCUAAAAGGAGGCAGUCUACACACUGAUGGUGUCACUGUUCUGUGUCCACUACAUUGUUCAGUUAUGUUCAAGCAAAAACUUGUCUGUUGUCACUUUAAGCAUCAGUUUAAGCACCCUUUUCUUCACAAACUCCGUUUUAAUUUUCACCUCAGGCCUUUUGUACCGAUGAUCUCUGCAGACAGCUGUGCCUGUGCUCAAACAGAGGAUGAUGAUGAUACUCCUGCUUAGUCCUAACAUGAAAACAAAAAAGUGAGUUCCCCUCAACUGACCACCUCACCUAUGUCCUUCAGCGACGUGUAGCUGGGAAAAUAUUCAUAAUAUGAAGGUAAAAA